AACUGCAAGAUGCCGCGAACAAGUCAUUUCACGAUCUGUUUACUGGUGAUCAUUACACAGGUAUUGUUCAUCAUCUUCCAUUUUAAUUUCACUCCAGGUGGGGUACCCGCUCCAAUUCCUUCCCGUCAAAGUACACUUCCCAAGUAUAUCCUUUACUGGACCCCAUUUUGGGGAUUCCGAGAUUUUUUAAUUGGAUUUGGUAUGGAACCGUUUGAGAAUUGCGAAUAUAAAAACUGUUUUGCUACGAACAAUAGAAGCCUGAAGCCCAUCGAGGAAUUCAACGCCAUACUUUUUCACGGGACGAUUUACAAUCCGAAGAAAAAUGGCCGACCGCAGUCGCGAAGAAAAGAGCAAGUUUACAUUUUCCUCAACGUGGAAGCACCGGUUUACAUAGCGCCAAACUUUGCAAAAUUCAAUUCGUUCUACAAUUGGACGAUGACUUACCGAUUCGACUCCGAUAUCGUAUGGCGACACGGUAAGUUCAUCGAAGAAGAGUCGAACUACACUUUACCAUCGGCCGAGGCCGUCCAAAAGAAGACCAAGCUAAUCGCGUGGUUCGCCAGUCACUGCAAAACCUCGAGUAGGCGAGAAAGAUUGGCUGCCGAAAUGCAAAAAUUUCUACCUGUCGACAUUUACGGAUCUUGUGGUCCUCUCAAAUGCGGGAAGUCCAAAAACAAUAGUAAACUUUCCUCAUCAAAGUGCUACGACAUGCUCGAUGAAGAUUACAAAUUUUACCUUUCGUUCGAGAACUCGAUUUGCAAGGACUAUUCGACCGAAAAGCUGUACAACGUGCUCCGAAAAAACGUGGUACCGAUAGUUUACGGCGGGGGUGAUUACAAUUUGAGCGCCCCCCCGCAUUCUGUCAUUGACGUUUCCAAUUUUCACUCAGUCGAGGAGCUUGUCGAAUAUUUAAGUCACUUGGACCGCAACGUGACCGAAUACCUGAAGUACUUUGAGUGGAAGAAGAAUUAUAAAGUUGUGAAACAGGAUAGGGCAUGCGAUAUUUGCAAAAAACUACACGAACCGUUUCCGGAUUCGGUGUACAAUGAUUUAACAAGUUGGUCGUUUGGUACGCACGGCGAGAUUUGCAAGACGAGUAAACAUUUACCGGAAAUUGUACGACAGUUAUUGUAACCAUCCACGAUUUGCAGAUGUAAAAUUUUUGUUUAUUGUUGUCGAUAAAAUUUGAAG